AUUGAACAGAUUACAAAGCAUUAAUUCUACCAUAGAAAAAUAUGUUACUAAGAUGAGUUUGGGAAACCAAAACACAUUACAUUGAAAUGCAAUGAAUUUAAACAUUUUUGAAUUUUCAUAAAAUGACUAACAUUGCUGUAAGGUAAACGUCUAUAAUAUGUGUUUUAGGGAAAGUCGUCACCAUUCUGUUGUCAUCAGUGAUUGGCUGGACAGGCCGCUUACGUCAGACAAAAACAGUGCGCCAACAUGUACUUCCGGUGUGAUGACCCGUUUUCUGCCAUGUGCAUGGUAAAAAAAAGUGACCACGAGCAGCUUUUAAAACAUUAUUGAGAAAAACAAACCCGCUGCGUGUCCCCUGUUCACCGCGACAGAGAGAGGACGAGAAGGCUGCGGCAGGACCAGUCAGGCCCGUCCUCACCAGUGAAACACCAGUAACCGGUUCAAAAAGUACGAGCUAAUCUGGGUCCUUCGCUAGCUACCGGUUGGUUUUCACCAUGGCUUUGUACGUGAAAGCCGCAGAGAUCCUGGAGAAAGCAGAGAGGAAGCAAGGCGCAGUGAAAACUCUGGUUUACGACAGUAAGUUUGCGAACAUCAAGCAGCUCUUUGCUCUGGUUUGUGAGACCCAGAAGUUUUCCUCCGUCCUGCGGGAGCUCAUCGAGUCCACCAAGCUGCUCAAACACACCAAGCUGAAGAUGCACCUGGCCAUGGUGCUGGUGUAUGACCUGGUGAUGGGCCAGGGGCUGAAGUGCGGGGGCUCCUGGAAGUCCACAAUGAUGAAACAUCGCUCCAGGCUGCAGGCGGAGCUUGCCCGCAUAAAGAUAAAGCAGAAGGUCAGCAGGAAUGAAGACCUGCUACCGGCCGAAGUCCAGCGGUCCGCCGUGGACCACCUGCCCAGGUAUGUGCGUGUGAACACCCUGAAGACCACCGUGGAGGAUGCUGUGGAUUACCUGAAGAGGGACGGCUUCUCCUACCAGGGACAGGCCUCCAGGCUGGAGGACUUGACCCUAAAGGAGAAAGACUUUGUGAGGGACCUGCACUUGCCGGAGGUGCUGGUCUUUUCUCCUAAAACUGACUUCCAUGACCACUUCCUGUACAAGGCUGGCCACGUCAUUCUGCAAGACAAAGCCAGCUGCCUCCCUGCCUAUCUCCUCAACCCCCCUCCUGGCAGCCAUGUCAUUGAUGCCUGCGCUGCCCCUGGCAACAAAACCAGCCACCUCGCAGCUAUAAUGAAGAACAAGGGCAAGCUGUUUGCCUUUGAUUUGGAUGCCAAGCGUUUGGCCACCAUGUCUACUCUCCUGCUCCGAGCUGGAGUGACCUGUCAGCAGCUGGCCAACCAGGACUUCCUGAAAGUGGACCCUGAUAGCCUACAGUAUAAAGAUGUUGAGUAUAUCCUGCUGGAUCCCUCAUGCAGUGGAUCAGGUAUGGUGUGCCUCCUGGACAACAGCUCUGCUGACCAAGAGAAGGAUCAGGCUCGUCUGACCUCUUUGGCCUCCUUCCAGCUGCGAUGCCUGAACCAUGGCCUCAGGUUUCCCUGCCUGAAGCGUCUGGUCUACUCCACCUGCUCCAUCCAUAGCCAGGAGAAUGAGGAAGUCGUAAAGGCCUGCCUGCAGCAGAACCCUGGCUUCAGGCUGGUUCCUCUGCUGGCGAAGUGGCCUGAACGAGGCCUAGAACCACUCACUCAGUGUCUGCGUGCCAGCACCUCCAAGACCCGCUCACACGGCUUCUUCGUGGCUUUGCUGGAGAAACACAGUGGGGCUGGGAAUAUGAAUCAGAGACCACCUGUCCAGAUAAGUGACCCUGAGGCAACAUCACACAGUUCACUCACCUUUGAGAAGAGACCUGAAGCUUCAGAGACAGAGAACAAACAGACACCUGCUGCAGACUCCACACAGAAUGACAGCACACCAGGGAAGAAGAAGAGGAGGAAGAGGAAGAGGAAGAAGGCAGCAACAGCGGAGGGAUUGUAAAAAAAUAAUUAAAAUGGUUCUGCAUAUUGUCUGGGGAUUGUCUGUGAAAGCCUCAUUUGAUUUCAAGUAGAGAUGUGUGGGGAAUGUAACUGAAAAGUAAAGAUCAUUUUUUACUGUAUCUCAUUAUUGUUAGAUACUGUGCAAAGCUCUUGGUGCCUUUCCUUACAUUUUUUUUUUUUCAGAAUGAGGUUCAGGUGUUUGUGUUUCUCCAGAGAAGUGACAGGUGUUACCCAGUAGGGGACAGGUAACCAGCAGCCAAACAGCGAAAAAAUUAGCUCACUUCCAGCCAAAUAGAGACUCCCAUUGAUUGAAACACUCAUUUUGGUUACAGUAGUUUAUAUUAUCAGAGCAGGUGUGGUCAGUAGCCUGGUUUCUCCUUUUGUACACAACUAAGAGCAAUACCUGAAACUGCAGUCAUCUCACUGUCACAGUGUCACAUAUUCAGAAAGUUACAUUGAUCAUAGUGUAAACCUGUUGGUUACCUUGAACCCAAUAUUUUGUCCAUGUCAUUUAUAUGAAUUAAGGUUGACAAAAUAUUAGGAACAAUCUUCAGUAUAACCCAGUGCAGUUCAACUCCACCAUGAAUGAGUCUCCAAAAUGACCGUUAUAAUAAAUCAACACCUCUUUCAAACAGAAUCAAUCCAAAAAAUGAACAUUAAAAUCCUUAUGAAGCCUGUUGUAUUAUACUGCAUUUGUUUUAUGUAGGUGUCAUUAAUAAAUUGGCAAGUGGGUGUAGAUUAAUUUAAUCACUGUCAUAGAAACCCUUUCCCUGAACUGGAGAAUCAAUAUUUUCUGAAGAAAUUGUCUUAAAAUUGAAAAUGAGUAUGACAUUAAUUAAUUUCAGCACUGGAGUAAUAUGCAGUUAAGAAAAUCACUGGAAAAUGUAUUUUUGCAUCACCCAGGAAAUUAGAAACCAUUUACUGACAAUAACAACAGAAUGUGAGAUUUGUUUAAGCGAUUUUCUGACUCAGACAUGGCUGUUGAAGAAAAGUACAGUGGUCGAAUAACAACGUUAGAUGACACACGUUUGAACUUACGUUACUACGGCAGCGGUGCAUAAAUUAGGCCUGCUUGUAAGCCUUUUUUAAUAGAGGCUACGGUCGAAAAGUCUUUUUUGCUUAGGAAGGUUCAAACUCAAUGAAAUGACCGGUGUUGUGGCAAAGUGAUUGUCUGACAUACAGCAUUUAUGUCUGGGAUAAUAGAAAAAGGCAUGUCUUAGUGAAGCUUGAACAUGACAUUUAGCCUGGACACAUGAUUAUACAGUAAAUAACAGUAUAAAAACAUUGUUCCCAAUGUUUUUGUGUGUUUGGUAUUUCUAUCCUUUUCAUACUGGGGAAUGAGCCUGUCAUUGACAUGAUGUACGGAUGGGUUAGGCUGUAUAUAAAAUAAAGAAAUAUAACUCGUU